GUGAAGCUGUAAUUCCUGAGAUGGAGGUCGUGACUGGAACCAAUAACCGUGGGUAAUGAUCCACAUGUGUCUGUAAGGAUCGGGUGUGCUUUCCGCGGCUACAGACCAGGAUACCGAUCUGUCUCGUCCAGUGCCAGACCUUGGGAACGGGCCAGAGGUGACGCGCUGACGACCGCAGCCUUGAAGGGGGAGGAUUUCCACCUUACGGGGGCUACUUCAUAGGAGCAUCACCAAAUUCUACUUCGGGAUUUUCGGCACAGAGGUUACCAGUUCAUCGGGCACCGGGCAGCCAGACCAGGCGAGCUAGUAUGGCGCCCGUCGGAUUUUUAGUCUUCCUGUCCACUUGCUGGACUUUGCUGCACAGAGGAGAGGGUCAACAGUACUACAGUCAGUACACUAACUACGGCGGCGGCGGCGGUAAGGUCAUCGAAAUUACUGAGUCGUACGAGAUAUUUGAUUCCUCGGCCCCAUCACCAAGUUAUCCGUCCGCCAGUUAUCCGUCCGCCAGUUAUCCAUCCGCCAGUUAUCCAUCAUCCAGUUAUCCCACCUCCUAUGGCUAUGACAAAACGUCCUACAACUACCAACAGCAACCAUCACCAUCUGUUGCAGCUUGCGGAGACCAACACAACCUGUGCAGUGAGUGGGCCAAGAACAACCAGUGCGUGGAGAAUUCGGGCUACAUGCUGGAAAUGUGCCCACAGAGUUGCCGAGCGCCCUGCCCUCAGCGCCCGGCCCCAUCCUACCCGUCGUACCCCUAUCCCUACCCCUCCUCAUACCCAUAUCCCUACCCCUCCUCAUACCCAUCUUAUCCUUCUGGGUAUCCUUCGUACCCAUCCUCUGCUGGGUACUACGUCUCGGCAGCGGAGUUUUACCAGCUGCAGGUGAACGUGAGCGCCAUCUGGGAGAUCCUGAACAUCACCAACCCCGACCUCGUCCUCAACAUCACCGCCGAGAUGAAGAAGAGGCUGGAGAGUAGCACACAGACGACAACAACAACGACGACGUCGACGACAACAACAACAAGUGGAUCUGGAUUUGGCACUGGUGCGGCAGGGUCUGCAGCCUGCUGCUCGGGAGUGAAGUGUGUUCCGCGGGACAAGCUGUCCUGUUCUCUCAACGAACAAGUCCUGCCGUACGGGGAAUGUUGCUACCAAUGUCUAGGAGAGACCGGGUACAGGUAUGGACACUGUGACAUGCUGCCCAACACGGCCAUACCGUUGGACCAGCAGACGCCUAUCGCUGGUUAUGUUGACGUUAGGCAAAAGCUAACGGGAGGUAAGGUGGAAGUGUUCUUACGGCUAAAGGGCUUUGGCAGGAAUCUGCGCUCUUAUGGCGUGACGGUCCACGAGCUAGGCGACCAGAGUAAGGGCUGCACGUCCACCCGGGACCACUUUAACCCAUUCAACCUCGGUCAUGGUGGACCCAAGGACGAGGAUAGGCAUCUCGGUGACUGGGGUAACGUGGAGGCGGACUCCACUGGGGAAGUCAACGCCAUCAUCAAGGACGAGGUGGCAUCCCUGGUCGGACCCUACUCCAUCAUUGGCCGCACUAUUGUGAUCCAUGCCAACGAGGACGACUUAGGAAGAGGAGAGACCGCUGAGAGCAAGAAGACCGGUAACGUGGGGAAGCGACUGGCGUGCUGCGUGCUGGGCCACUCGGACGGCACGCACUGGAAGGACCUGGAGAAGCUCAGGAGGAGGAAACGGGGGGCGGUGCGCGUGGAAGGCCCCUCCGCCCAAAGAGUUGUCCGGUCCCCGCGCAAGAACUGAUGAUGUGAAGGGGACGGCACUGUACUGUACAGACAAGUGUCGCUGAUGGUGUCACUGUAGUGGGGGGAACAGGGGGGAGGGGACAAGAGAGGAAAAGACAUUACUAGAAUACAUUUUUACAUUGUUCCUAGUUUUGGAUAUAAAGUUAGUACCACUCAUUAAUGGUUUCAGUGUCAACAGUAAAGAUGUUAGCUUCGACAACUUUGUCUUUAUCUGACUGGCCGUUUUGAAUUACAGAAUGUCAGACAAGUAAAAAUAUACAUGUACAUGUAAUGGGAUAUUUUGCCGGAGGUGUUUGCUUUAUAUUUUUUAUACAAUUUUUGAACCAUAUUCAAUCACCGUCGCGAGGUAUUUGAAUAGUAAGGUUAUAGCUGUUAACGUCAGUGUUGUCAAUGUGAUAUACACAUGUAGCAUACAGAGCGUCAUGAAGGUGUUGAUCGGAGAGAAUUAACUGUCUGUAAGAGUAAACGGCACACACUGUGGAAUUUGAUGGUGAAAGUAGCGAAGUAACUGGGCCUCUGUAGUCAGACAGCGCCCUGGUACUGUGGCUGUGUAGAGAUGGGUGUAGGAGAAGCGUUAAUCGGCAGAUUUUAUCCGCUGGUAAGGCAACGUUUUGUGGUCUCUCCAGAAGUAGGUGUACGAAAGAGAUAUACGAAACUAGCCUGAACUAAUAUCUGCUCGAAAAAUAGAUAGGAGGCAGUAACUAUGUAUUUAGUUUGUCCAGAAUUGGUCUAUUGAAGGAGUGCUUGUAGUAGCGAGAGUGUUGAGUUACGUCGUUGUAGAUUAUCCUGCAAUGUUCUGGUCAUGAUGUCGUCGUUUUAAUAUGCUGUACCAAACUGGGAUCGAUACAAGAGAUGAACCCAAAUAACCUUACCCGAGUCAUGACCGGAACAAAAGGUCCCAGCUUUAGAUAAGUCCUGUCUGUGUUAUACUAACUUCUAUCAGUAGUGGCGCAGUAUUUGCUAGAAGAAGCACACUACGGUUUCCUAAUCUAAGUGUCACUUAUUUCCACAGGUAUUUUGUGUCUGUCAAAUGUAAUAUUGAAGACUUCGAUUGAAAUGCACCUUUGUAAAAGUAAGUCACAUGUAACGUCGCUUUGUGACUUAAGAUAAUUUGUUUAAAUCCAUGACAGGUGUCUAAGACUUUAACCCUUGCGAAUAUCUUAGGUAAUGGGUAGAGGCGUUUGUGAUUGACAGGUCGGGUCGAGUUCAGAUGAUGACCUCAUCACCAUGGCAACCAACGGUGUCGGGUCAAAGAUCAUGCCGCAGAAAUGCCUGUUGACUGUCAGGGGCAGUAACAAACAAAAUACUGUCACUCGUUACUAAACGUUUUUAAAAACGUUGAGUGACAUGUGUCAGUAUUUUUAGGCACUAUCAUCUGAAAUAAAGUCAUAACUGUGACGAUUUUUAAACCCAAUUUGGAUAUAAAGGUUUGGUUACUUUUUAAUCAUGGUAAGAAUGGUUGAAAUAUAGUAUUGUGAAAUUGUCAUUACAACGGAGAGGAUGAAUUCGUUCAAAUCUAAUUAGCAUUAGCGAUUCCGUUACCAUGGACACAUGAUGGGUUUGAUUGAAAGGACAGAAAACGACCGACCCGUCAGUGGUGAAUCCCUGAUAGGACAAAUAGUUAGUUAGAUAUUCGAUAGUUAGUAAUUUGAUACUUUCUUUUCUGUGCUAAGUAAGUUUUUGUGCUUAUUGAUUGAUCACUAAUUUGACGUUUCCUUUGAACUGUCAUUAGUUAUUUGGCAAUACUCAUAAAGGAAAGCUUUAGCGCAAA